GCCACCACCUGGCUCCUCAUGACGUACAUGAGAGAAAAGCUCCUUUUGCCGCGGCGCGAGACAGGAAGAUUAUUACUACACGCGGUAAGAGGCAGAGGAAGCGCGAGAGAGGUGGAGAAGCUAGUUUUGUUUUAUACAGUCUAUGGUUUCUUCUCAGUCGGAGGAGCACCCUCACUUGUCUGUGCCUAUAUGAACUGUCCUAAAACUGUAUGAAAGUCGCACAGACAGCCACUCCUCCUGUUCCUAGUCUAGCCUGUUACAGUCCCCCGUAGGUGAGUACAGGUUUACAAUUGUUGGGAGGCUGCCUUUUUUUAAAUUCAGGAAGAAGGGAAAGGAGUGAAAGUCAUGGACAAAGGAGGAGAAUUAAAAAGAAGUUAGCGCCUACAGUAAAGUAACCUUUGGAAAAGCGACUCAGAAAGAAGAAGUGUCCGGAGAGGAAAAGGGAACAGGAUGGGGAUGGAUUUCAGCACUCUUCGGACCCUCAUCAGCAGAUAUUGUGUUGGUGAGGAGAACUGGGUGGACAGCAGGACAAUUUACAUUGGAAACAAGGAGCCUCCUCCAGGAACUGAGGCCUUUAUACAACAAAGAUACCCUGACAACAGAAUAGUCUCCUCGAAGUAUACAUUUUGGAACUUCAUCCCUAAGAAUAUGUUUGAGCAGUUCAGGAGAGUCGCCAACUUCUACUUUCUCAUCAUAUUUCUGGUUCAGUUGAUCAUUGACACUCCCACCAGUCCAAUCACCAGCGGACUGCCGCUCUUCUUUGUCAUCACAGUCACCGCCAUUAAACAGGGUUAUGAGGACUGGUUGAGACACAAAGCAGAUAACUCUAUCAACCAGUGUCCUGUCCACGUGGUGGAGCACGGGAAAGUGGUCCGCAAACAAAGUCGCAAGCUCAGGGUUGGAGAUGUCGUCUUCGUGGAAGAAAAUGAGACUUUUCCGUGCGACCUCAUCCUUCUUUCCACGUCCCGAGAUGAUGGUACCUGCUAUGUUACUACAGCCAGUCUGGACGGAGAGAGCAGCCACAAGACAUACUAUGCAGUUCAGGACACCAAAGCUUACAACACAGAGAAGGAGGUGGACUCCAUCAACGCUACCAUAGAGUGUGAACAACCACAGCCGGACCUGUACAAAUUUGUGGGCCGUAUCAACGUCUACAUGGACAAUGAGUCAGUGGCCAGGCCGUUAGGAUCAGAGAACCUGCUGCUCCGAGGAGCCACACUCAAGAACACUGAGCACAUCUAUGCGGUUGUCAUCUACACCGGCAUGGAAACCAAAAUGGCUCUCAACUACCAGUCCAAGUCUCAGAAACGAUCUGCAGUGGAAAAGUCAAUGAAUGCUUACCUGGUGGUCUACCUGUGCAUUCUCAUCAGCAAGGCCCUCAUCAACACGGUGCUGAAAUACGUGUGGCAGGCCGACCCCAACAGAGACGAGCCCUGGUACAACCAGAGGACAGAAUCAGAGAGACAGAGGCACAUCGUGAUCAGGGCAUUCACAGACUUCUUGGCCUUCAUGGUUCUUUUCAACUACAUCAUUCCCGUCUCCAUGUACGUCACUGUGGAGAUGCAGAAGUUCCUGGGCUCCUAUUUCAUCAUGUGGGAUGACGAGAUGUUUGACGAGGAGCUGGGAGAGAGAGCCGUGGUCAACACGUCAGACCUGAACGAGGAGCUGGGACAGGUGGAGUAUGUGUUUACAGACAAGACAGGGACUCUGACAGAGAACAACAUGGAGUUCAUAGAGUGCUGUGUGGACGGACACGUUUAUGUACCUCAUGCUAUCUGUAACGGACAGAUAAUACCUGGUGCAGCCAGUAUGGACAUGAUCGACACAUCACCGGGUCCUGAGGCCAAGGAGCAUGAGGAGCUGUUUUUCCGGGCGCUGUGUUUGUGCCACACGGUGCAGGUGAAGGAGGAAGAGACGGUGGACGGGAUCAAGCAUGGCAUCCACCAGGGCAAGUCCACUUCCUUCUACAUCUCCUCAUCUCCAGACGAGGUGGCGCUGGUGGAGGGCAUGAAGAGGCUCGGUUUCACCUAUCUGAGACUCAAGGACAGUCACAUGGAGAUCCUGAAUAGGGAGGAUGAGAUGGAGAGGUUUGAGCUGCUGGAGGUUUUGACAUUCGACUCAGUCAGACGAAGGAUGAGUGUCAUUGUCAGGGCCAGCACUGGUGAGCGUUAUCUGUUCUGUAAAGGUGCAGACUCCUCCAUCUUCCCCAGGGUUGUAUCAGGCAAGGUGGAUCAGGUCAGAGCUCGGGUGGAGCACAACGCAGUGGAGGGUCUGAGGACACUUUGUGUUGCCUACCGGCCUCUGAGUCCAGAACAGUACCAGGAGAUUUGCCACCUGCUGAACGGGGCCAAGUUGGCACUACAGGACCGAGACAAACGACUGGCUGAGGCCUACGACCUCAUCGAGAAAGACCUGAUACUGCUGGGAGCCACUGCUGUGGAGGACAGGCUCCAGGAAAAAGCAGCAGACACCAUUGAGUCUCUCCACAAGGCAGGUAUGAAGGUGUGGGUGCUGACCGGUGAUAAGAUGGAGACGGCGGCUGCAACCUGCUAUGCCAGCAAGCUGUUUCACCGCAACACCCAGAUCCUGGAGCUGACCACCAAACGCACCGAGGAGCAGAGCCUUCACGACGUCCUGUUUGACCUGAGCAGGACUGUCCUGAGGCAGCAUGGAGGCAUGACGAGGGACACCUUCUCUGGUUUAUCAGGUGACUGUACUGACUAUGGUCUGAUCAUCGAUGGAGCCACCCUCUCUGCAGUGAUGAGGCCUGCCCAGGAGGACUCAAACUCAGGGAACUACAAAGAGAUCUUCCUAGAAAUCUGCCGCAACUGCAGCGCCGUGCUCUGCUGUCGAAUGGCGCCACUCCAGAAAGCGCAGAUUGUGAAGCUGAUCAAAGACUCUGAGGAGCACCCGAUCACGCUGGCCAUUGGAGAUGGAGCUAAUGAUGUCAGCAUGAUCCUAGAGGCCCAUGUUGGCAUUGGUAUCAUGGGUAAGGAGGGUCGUCAGGCAGUGAGAAACAGUGACUACGCGAUCCCAAAGUUCAAACACCUCAAGAAGAUGCUGCUCGUCCAUGGACACUAUUACUACAUACGCAUCUCUGAACUCGUGCAAUACUUCUUCUACAAGAAUGUCUGUUUCAUCUUCCCGCAGUUCCUCUACCAGUUCUUCUGUGGCUUCUCACAACAGCCUCUGUAUGAUACAGCCUACUUGACUCUGUACAACAUCAGCUUCACCUCGCUGCCCAUUCUGCUCUACAGUCUCAUAGAGCAGCACAUUAAUAUGGACAUCCUGAAGAAGGACCCAUCUCUCUAUAGAGAUAUUGCUAAGAACUCUUUGCUGCGGUGGCCCAUCUUCAUAUAUUGGACUAUCCUGGGUGUAUAUGAUGCCAUCGUGAUGUUCUUUGGUACUUACUUCCUGUUUGACAACACCACUUUCACCAGCAACGGACAGCUAAUGACAACCAACACACAGAUGAUGUUUGGAAACUGGACAUUUGGGACGCUGGUCUUCACUGUGCUUGUCUUCACUGUCACAUUCAAGUUGGCUUUAGAUACUCAUUACUGGACUUGGAUCAACCAUUUUGUCAUCUGGGGCUCACUGAUUUUCUUUGUAGUCUUCUCUCUGCUGUGGGGUGGAAUCAUCUGGCCCUUCCUCAACUACCAGAGGAUGUACUAUGUGUUCAUGCAGAUGCUGUCCAGUGGUCCGGCCUGGCUCAGCAUAAUCCUUCUAAUAGCAGCCAGUCUGCUGCCAGAUGUGGUAAAGAAGGUCCUCUGGAGGGCCCUGUGGCCCACCACUACUGAACGCAUACAGAAUACUGAUAAACUCUACAAGGGCCAGCUGUCCGAGUUCACCCCCCUGGCGUCUCUCCACGCCCCGUCCAAGGCUGGCAGCCACCGGCAAGGCUCGGGCAACCAAAGGAACGCCCAGAACCCUCGAAGGUCUGAAUCUUUUAGCAAGAAAAUCAUGUAUACACGCUGGCAAAAAAUGCCAGACUACCGUACCUUCACCCCCCUCCUCCAAUUUGCCGAUGGCUCCCGCCACUCGAAGCAGGGACACGCCUACAGCGGGGCGGGGCCAGAGACCUCAGUUUAAUGUAUUUCUGUCUGGUGUUUUUCUAUUCUUAUAUUCUGAUAUCAGAUACAAUGGCAUCCAUUUGGAGUUGAACUGAGUGAAGGAGUAAUUCUAAUAAAUUGGUACCAGAAGCUGACCAGGUCACUGCGAGCAGAGCUGGAAAGUAAAGUUACCCAAAAGUAACUGAAAUUAAUUUAUUUAUGUUACUGUGCCAGGAGUCAAAUAACAGACUAUGUUGCUAAUAGCAAGUAGAUGUAAUCUACCUGUAAGGGAUUACAAUGAAAGUGACCUUCAUAACUGUUCCCAAGUCAGCAGCCAAGUAUGGCACAAAGCACUAUGGGACGGCUCUGGAAAAGGACUCCAUCCACAGGGCCUCGCUCGCUGCCACAACGUGCAACAAGGGCUCAGUGAUUUGAUGUCACAACAAAGAGACUCAAGAGCUUUGAUUUCUUAAACCGUAUUGUGUCACUACUGAAAAUAUGUGCACUGGCCCUUUACGUCUGCCUGUCUUUUAUAGCUGGCAGCUGAAGUGUACUUUAUUCCAACUAUUAGGAUUUAUAUGACUUUUUGAAAAACAAUUAUGGCGAUAAUCAUGAUGUGUUGUGAUUGUGCUGCUGCUGCUGAUGAUGAUGAAGACAGUAACAGUGCUUAAGCCAGCUCGAGCUUUCUCUGACCAAACAUUUUCUUUUCUUCAUUCCUACCAUCUCUCUCUUUCUUUCUCUCUGUCUGUUCUGCCACUUUUUAGGACUAACUGGUGUUGCCUGUGUGCAAACAUGUUAUCUCGAAAUACUCCCUAGGACUCUGGGGUCCUACAACAUUGUAAGGAGGGGUGUAGUUGAGCAGUAAAGCCUAAGUGUUGGAGAAGUGGAUCUGAGUUGGUCUUUUUUCCUGUUUUAUUAGUCAUUGUAUAUUAUGUCUUAAAGAAAAAAAGACAGACUUUAGCCCCAUAUCCAACACUUAUGCUUGAACUCACAUGUAGGUAGUCUAGAGUGUGUGCUGAUAGGUAGCAGUUAUUAGUGUGUGUGUGUUGUAUUCAUCUCUGCAGGAUCUCCUUCUGUCUUAUUGUCUUUAAAGCACUUUAACUGUAUACCUUCAUCUUAUAUUUAUCUAUACUGCUAUAUACAGAGAAACUAAGUUUUUUAUGCCUUAUUGUUUUAGUAAUAGAAUCCAGUAGAAGUGGCUAUGUAACGGCUUCCUGGCUGUUUCUUAAUGCCUUAAUGUCACCUUGUAAAUACCACAUUAUCUUCCACACAGACCAUUUACCAAAGAAACAGAAAGACAAUAUGACGUCCUUUAGACAACAACUUAUAGAUAUAGUGUAGUGCUAGGCAAAGUGUGGUAUCUAUAGGUCAAUGUACACACUCAUGGUUCUGUAAAACACUAGAAAGAAUAUGAGAUUUUUUGGACGUCUUAAGGGUAAUUUAAAAAAGGACCCACUUGUUCCCUAAAUUAUACGGGGGUUAUGUGCCAGACUAUUUCUUGACCGGGAGCAGUGACCUCCUGGAGACUUGUCGGAACCAUGAGGUAGCAGGAAACCAGCGGAGACUCCAGGAAUAUAAAAUGUUAAUUAGUGAGCUUCAGAGGUGCUUGAAGGCAGAUUUUGUUACCUUCGGACAGAGCCAGGCUCCCUGUUUCCCUCUUUUUCCAGUCAUUGUGCUAAGCCAAGCAAACCAUUUACUGGUAGUAGCUUCAUAUUUACUGAACAGACGUGAGCUUGAUAUUAAUCUUCUCAUCUAACUCUCUGCAAGAAAGCAAAUAAGCUUAUUUCUCAAAAAGUCUACCUAUUUUUUUUUUUACACGCAAAAUUAUUAUUGUAUUGUACACAGUAUCUCACAUAGCUCUGUACCUUGCUGUGUGCAUUCUCAAAGUUAGAAACUAUUUCAUUACUUAACUGACCAGUUAAUUAAGGAUGAGAAUAGUAAUGGGAGCACCCCAAGGUCUUUUUUAUAUCAUCAAUGGUGAAAUUAAGAUGGGUCUGAGUGUAAAACUAGAAGUCACUGAACCCUGCUGCCCUGAGUGGAGUUUGUCAAUUAGCAGAAGUUCUGAAAGGUUUUAUAAUAUUUCUGUCUUUCACCAAAGGACUGAUCCAUGUUUGUCCUAUUAGAUAGUAGCUUUUAGUUUAUUAGCUAUAGACUGAUGGAAAUUCGGGUAUCAGACAUUCAGACCCAUUCAUGUCAAAGAUGUUUUUCCACCUAAUGGCGUCAGCAGAAUGUACUGUAAGAGUGUAAGGUAUUUUAGUUUGCAGGUCAGCAUCUAAUAGCUCAGUGCUAAUGCUCUUAAAAGCCUUAUGGUGGUGUUACAAGAGUCUAAUGAGAUUCUCUACCUUGAAAAGGGCCUGCGCCGUGCAGUCUUUGAAAUCUGUCUCACACUUUCCUGUUUCAACACUCAUCUUCUCUGUCUUUCUUUCUAGCUGUCUGUCUGUUUCUGUCUUUCUCUCAUUCUCCCUCUGAAGUGAUACUGACGUGGAAGUUUUCCUACCUUGGUGAGAGCCGCCUCCACCCGUCUGAUCAUCAUCAUCCUCUCGUCUGUCCCCUUCUGCAUCUUCUCAGCCAUUCCUCCAUACAUACAUCCAUCUAUCCAUCCAUCUAUUAUUGUGAGAAAGAGUAGAAAUUAUGUUUUGUACUCUACUUUUAAUAGUACUUCUAUGAACCAAAGCCUUGUUGCUGCUAGAGAUACUUUUAGCUGCUUUACAUUAGGUGCCUUGUGGUAGUUUCUCUGUCUUUGCUUGCUUUAUGGUAAAUUUAUGACUAAUAAUUAUAAUAAAAAUAAUAAACAAAUAGGCAUUUGGAUCGUAUGGUGUGGAUCCUAGGCAUGACAGAGAAUGGAUAAGUGAGUGAAAAGGUGAAUGUAAAAAUUUGUUUUAUGCAGGUUAUACUGUCCAAGUAGACUUAUUUGGAACAAACACAGCACUGAAAUAUUACUACUGAUAAAUUAAUUACUUCUUGCACCAAAACAUUCAAUGACUUACGUUUAAUAUCUGUUUUUUAUUGUUUUGUAUAUGUCCAGGAGGGCAUCUGUCUCUGAAAUGUUAUUUUUACCGUUUUCUGAUAUGUAUAAUGUGUAAAAUUCCCCUUUACCACAUUAAGAGUGAGUGAAGGUCUCACUGGAAAGAUAUCUGUCUGAUGUGAUGUUGUCUUUAAUCUUUAUUUUAAUGAGAUAGAAAACUUGAAGAGCUCCAGCUCUGUUCGAUCGAUCAACUGCAGUCAAUCAAUGUUACAAAUAUUCUGUGUAUGUUUCCUUUUUAUUUUAACAUCUCUGACUUGCUUCUCAAAAUUCUGGUUUUCUGUUUCAAUAUUUAUAUAUAAUUAACAGCAACGCAAAGGGGUGCUUAUACUGUUGGAUUCUGUGGUAAAAUCCGCAGAAUUUGUCUCUGAACUUCAGGCUCUGAUUUGCAUAUUGAAGGGUCACAUCACCCAAGUUACAAAAGAAAAAACAUAUUUUCUCACUCACCUCUAGUAAUAUCUGGACAUGCACAUUGGAACUACUUUCUACCAUGAAAACUUUUCACAGUGAAGUCUGAGGAUUAUCCGGAGUAACAGGGACACUGUUUAAAAUGUCAUUUUUCAACAAUUUGAGCAGCACAAAUGAAAUUUCAUUCAUCUUCACUGUGUUGGGGUGGAGACAGAAUGCAUGGCUAGAUGGCAAAUACUGUAUGUUCUUUUGUAAUUUGGGUGAACUGACCCUUUAAUGCUCAUAAUGAAUCUUGAAUGUACUUCUGUCUGAAUUCAAAUUAGGUUUUGACAGAGAGAGAAACCAUUGUCCUGUCAGAAGUGGCUGAUGGUUUGUAACUUUUUAAUGGGCCAGUAUACAUGAAUUCAUACAGAAUGACCACAGGGCUAAUUUGCUCAGAGAUGGACUUAAAACAGUGAUUACUUUACUCUGAUGACUGUAAUCAAACUAAAGUAAAAGUAUUGCCUUGCAUGUAAAUGACCAGAUGCAAAAAAUGUGGCCUCAGAGCACUAGCCAUGUGGUAGUGAAUAAGUAUUACAAUUGUCCUAGUCUUACAUUCAAACAUGUCAUGUAUAAUCCCUCCAUCACUUAUUGGAAAUGUGUAUGUGUGCUUAAACACUCACCAAAUCCUUAAUGUGGGAUACAACAGAAUGAAGAAGUUCUCAUAAAGAGGAACACGAACACACAAGCUUUUAUUCUUUAUGACUGGAGUUAUCUAAUCAAACCUAACUGAAUUUUAGCUCUUAAAGUUAUCUGGGAGUCUUAUUAUCAGAAUAUCCUAAUUAUUGCCAUAACCCCCUUCUCUGUGUGAGCUAAUCUAUCCAAGAGAUAGUCAGGUACCUCCUGUGUCUCUGUCUGUUGGAGAGUCGUUAGAAAACUGUGGAAUCCACAUAAAUUACAAAAUAAAUACCUACAGUUACUGCAGUGCUUUUUAUAUGUAUGUUAGAGAUCAUGUUACUUUUUUUUUUUACUUUCGGGAGACAGUAUUUGACGUGUCUUAUUUAUGUAGAAGAGUAUUCGAACAACCAAACUGAGUUGUGACAAAACAACACUGGGCAUGUAUGUAUGCAUAGCUUUAAAGAUUUAAAAAAAGAGAUUUCUGUGGCGUUAGCUCAGAUACACCCCUGCACUGAACCGUCUCGUCUGAUGAUUGACACUUUGCUGUAGAAACCUUCAAAGCCAUUAAUGGUGGAUUCAAGGUCUUAUUGUACCAAUCACUCUUGUCCUGACUGUCUUGAUCUUUCAAGACCACCUAAACUGACAGCCUUCGAACAGAAUGUUAUCUUUCUCUUAAACAAUGUAUUAUAGUGUUCUAUAUUUCUCAUAACCAACAGUAUCUAUAAACUGCUGUACACCCAGAUGCAGUAUAUAUAUAUAUAUAUAUAUAUAUAUAUAUAUAUAUAUAUAUAUAUAUAUAUAUAUAUAUAUAUAUAUAUAUAUACACACACACACACACACACAACAUAUAAAUGUAGCUAUGUUAAUUGAUGUACAGUUUUGGGGUCUUUUUAUAUACAGUUUUUAACAGAGUCAUAUCAAGAUUUACUUGUGGAUUUUUGCCAACCUUUCUGUAGCUAUCAAUGGCAAACAACUGUACAUUUGCUUGAAAAUAAAAGCCAGAAGUGGAAAUCUGAAA